AUGGAGGAUGAAGAAGCUGAGUCGGAAACCAGCAAUCUGGUCUGGGUAAAUAGUUUACUCAGGGCUCUUUGGCCAAAUGCGACUGCCGCGCUGGUGACCUUCGCAUACAAUGACCUUACACCCCGGCUGCAGCAAGGUCUCCCGCUUCCCUUCAAAAGUGCACACUUUGCAAGGUUCUCACUCGGAGAUGGUGUUCCUAGUUUCGGUCCAAUUGAUGUGAUUCGGCGAUCUGGCAGUCACAUCUGCAUCGAGUUGGAGAUGUGUUACUCCAGCGCAGUGGACAUUCUAUUGGCUGCCGGGUCGCAUGGUGUGUCACUGGGGGUGAAGCAGAUUCGGUUCCACGGCAGGCUGUGCAUCGAAAUGAAGCCAAUUAUUGACACUUGGCCAAUUGUUGGCUCAUUUCUCUUUGCGUUUGCAGGCCAACCACAGCUGGAAUUGGAGUUUUCAGGCAUUGCAGAUGUGCCUUUGCCCGGCUUGCCUGGCUUGGCAAAGAAGGUUCAAGGAAUCGUGGAUGGGUCGUUGGCCCAUGUCGUGCUUCCGAAUUGCAAGUCUGUGCGCCUCACCAGUGAUGAGAGGUUCCUGAGUUUGGCCGCUUGCUCGAGCAAGGAACCGAUUGGCGUUCUUGAAUUGCAAGUCGCGCGUGGCAUCAACUUAGCAGGUGCAAAUUGGCGUGCUGCUGGUAUGGGGCCGAACGUGCGAAGUUUCACCUCAAACCCAUACUGUAUUGUGCAAGUGGGCAACGUCAAGGCACGCACAAGCAGUGUGCGGGCAACAACAAAUCCUGAUUGGAAUGAUGAUCCCUUCUUCUUUCUUGUGUAUCACAACGAUCAAGAGGUACUGAUUGACGUCAUGGAUGACGACGGAGGUUUUUUGCAGCGCAACUUUGUGGGACUUUUAGGGCGCUUGCGGAUCACAGUUCGCGAGCUGCUUUCACGCAGGUCCCGGCCAAGACGGAAUGCAACUGCUUGCCCUAGCUCUUGCCGCUUUGCCCUGGAUACUUCGCAGGUUAAGCGGGGGUUGCUCCACGUAGAUGACCCUGUCAACACUGGAGUGCCCUCAGAGCUUGAUGUGAUUGUUGGAUGGCUUGAAAUGUCUCCCAUGUCUCCCAAAGUCAACAUUGAACGAAUUGGAGCUUCUGAGAGACGACCUGAAGGCAUCAUCUUGUUGGAGCUUCAUCACGGAACGGGUUUUCCAGAGGAAAGUCUUACGGAAGCGAGUACCAGAUUGGUUUGGGCAUGCUCUUUGAGCGAGGAUGGAGAACGUGAACGUGUCGGCUCCAGUUGCCGGAGCUCUGCAGGAAGGCGUUCUGAAGAGCCCAAUUUUCACUUGCCCAUACCGCAAUGCCUGUAUUCGGCCAUAGAUCAGCUCACAGCUCGAGGUGUCGAACCUGGAGAGGUCGCGGACAUUGUUCAGAUUGAUCGUGUGCAAGUUGAGCAGUACCUGUCGGCGAAGUCGCGCUUUUUACAAGAUGUCUCCGCUCGGCAGCUGGAGACUGGUGAAGACCAGUGUGUUGAGUUGGCAUGGCAUGAAACCUUGGCGUUACUGGUUCACAGGCCGAAGACGGCUCAUGUCCAUCUCCGCCUUGUUGGUGAAAUGGACUAUGUCCUUGGUGAUGCUGGGCCAAUCCGAGUCGAAGACGUGCUGACCACAGGUUCUGGGCACUUGCGGACGGUUUGCAAGCUUUCUGCGGCAUCUGGUAGCCUUGCCAGUGGCCGUGAGCAUGCAGGCAAGCUUUCAGCCUGGAUGUUUCCAACCUGUACCGCACCGACCACAUCCAGGAGUCGCUUCAAAUCCGUGCGAAUGGAAGUCUCGGUACGCUACCAGGCCCUCACGUGGCGUGCUGAAUCUGGCUAA